AUGAAUGUCUGUAGGCUACGCUUAACAGUACCACCUGAUGAAGGCUCACAGCCUGAACAGGGAGCAAAGGAACCUGAAAGAAAGAAAAACGAGCUCUACCAUGUACCAAAUGGCAUGUCUCCAGGGAAGCUCUCUCAUGGGAUGGUAUAUGGCGUCGUGCACCGAACUGACAACAACCAUAAGAGAGAAAUGGUGGUUUAUGGCUGGUCAGCUGAUCAGCUGAAAGAGGAGAUGAAUUACAUUAAAGAAGUGAGAGCAACUUUGGAAAAAGUAAGAAAGAAAAUGUAUGGUGAAUAUGAUGAAAUGAAAAGAAAAAUACAGCAGCUUACGAAUGAACUGAAAGUGACAAAUGCUCAUCAGGAAUCCUUAGAGAAUCAUGUGCGAGUGCAGGCUGCAGCCUUAGAUAGCUUUAGUGAAAUGAACAACUCCUUGACAUCAGCAUCAAUAGACUUGCAGAAAACUCUAGUGGAUGUCACGUUGGAGAACACUGAUAUAAGGGAACAAAUAAGGAAUUUAAAACAUACACAUGAGCAAUCUAUGGAAAAGCUGAGAGAGAAGCAAAAGCAACUGGAAACAGCACAAAUUGAAAAUCAGUUACUGAAAUUAAAGGUGGAAUCGUCGCAGGAAGCCAAUGCUGAAGUCAUGAGAGAGAUGACAAGAAAACUUUAUAGUCAGUAUGAGGAAAAAAUGCGAGAAGAGGAGCAGAAACAUAAAGCUGAGAAAGAAAUCCUCCUAGAAGAAACAAAUCGGCUUCUGAAGGCUAUUGAAGAGGCAAAUAAGAAGAUGCAGAUUACAGAAACAAGCAUACAGGAAAAAGACCAGAGAAUUGGUGAGCUGGACCGACUGAUUGAACGCAUGGAAGAGGAGCGUCACCAGCUGCAAAAACAACUCGAACUAAAUGAAAUACAAAUAUCUGGAGCAAAAUCUGAAAACAACUCUGACAGUGAAAGGUCACAGCAUUUGGAGGAGGUAGCAGCUAGCCUAAGAGAGCGAAUCAAACAUCUUGAUGAUAUGGUCCACUGCCAACAGAAGAAAGUCAAGCACAUGGUUGAAGAGAUUGAAGUGCUAAGGAAGAAAGUAAAAGAAAAGGAAUUAUUUAUAAUACAGCUUUUAGAAAAAAUAUCUUUCUUAGAAUGUGAGAAUAAAGAAUUACAAGACAAAUUGGACUACUUAAUGGAAAACCAACCUAAGACCAAUAUAGAAACCAGAGAUACUGGUGUAGAAUGUGAUCUUCCAUACAGGUAUUUACUUUUUCUUCUUGUUCAUAGGAAACUUUUUCAUAACAUCCCUUAUUGGUGCUGUAUUAGAUCCUCAGUCCUAGUAGCUUUAUUGCUGGACGUUCCAAUACGAGCUCUAGCGGAUGUCUGCAUUACAAGUACUGAGAACAGAAGAUCUCCUGAAAGUGAAAGGCCGGUGAGGACAUACACCCCAUUCAAGAGAGUGUUGGAAUUUAGCACAAAGAACACACCUAGGGCUAUUUGCACGUGUGAAAGACGACAUGUGCUUAAGAGACCUGAUGAGUUAAGGCCCUUCCAGCCCUACCUCAAGCACCAGAACAUGGAAGAAACACGGGAGAACAAGGUGAUAGGAGCCAUCUACAACUUAAG